UGUACGGUUGGAGCGUGUGCUCACCGAUAAUUGCGUUUCAGAAGACUUAAAUAUAAGUUUAGAGAGAAAGAUUGAAGACGUUUGUAUACAGGCAUAAUGGCAGCAACGAUGAGAUGUCUUAUGAGGUUUAAUGUGGGGCUGGCAAACCAUACUUUUCUGAGGAAUAGCUUCCUCAAUUCUUGCAGAUUCUUAUAUUCGGACAAAAGCUUAGGUUUGCAAGGCUAUGAAAAUGCACGAUUAAACUUCCGCAAUCAAUUUUUAAAUGUGGAAAAUACAUUCCGCAGCAAGAUGGAAGAAGUAUGCAGUACAGACUCGAGUAUGAUCUUUACAGAAGAUCUAAAGUCUAUGUUGCAUUUAGCACAAAAAAGACCUGAAGAUAUUGAGUUACUUGUCAAGAUGUUGACAAAGUUUAAUAAUCAAACCAAGGAGAUGAGAUUUGGUACUUUUAUCUUUGGUCCUGUAGUGAUGCGUACUUUUUAUUACUUGGACGAACCAGAUCUUGCUUAUACUGCUUUCAAAGACCCUAAGUUUGAGAAUUUCUUUGAUCAAUUAAUCAGUUACCAGAUUCUUUUAUCUCUGUUAUAUAAGCAUGGAAAAUACACGGAAAUGAGAGAUGUGUAUGAUAUAAUUAAGAACAAAGACAUAAAUGGAUAUCCUAGGAAUUCUUUGAUAUUAGUUAUGGCUGCAUGUUAUAAGGAGAAUACACCAGAAACAUUAGAGUACGGCUUGAAGCUCUGGAAAGAAUUAGAUGAAAAGGGACACAUUAUCAUGCGCAGAGCUACUACAUUUUUAUCAGCUUUAGCCAUUAAGCAGAAUUCACCUCAUAUAGCUAUAGAAAUUUUAAGUACUAUAAGAGAGGCCCGAUAUAUUCAGAUAAGAUGUUUGAAAGUUGUAGCUUAUACAAAUUUGAAGAGGUUUACUGAGAUAGUACCUAUACUUAGAGCAUCAUUAGAACAUGAUAGACCCAAUGCACCAAAAGAAGGUUAUUUCAAAGACGUGAUUGAAAAAUUGGAAGAGGCAAUGGCAAAGGAGAAUAUCCCUGAGGACUUCGAACUUUACAAGUUGAUUACAUUAUUGAAAAAGGAUGAGCAUAUCUUGUCCAGUACUUUAGAAGAUCAUAUCUGUGCGGAAAUAAUAAUUGAUAAAUCGAAAUAUGACAGAAGAAGACUUAACAUGCAAUCUGAUAUGUCGCAGUCUAAUUUUUCACAGCGAUCACGACCGUUUAUGCGUAAUAAUAGUAGACCGGCAUUGCGAGAUCUUUUGUAAGUAUGGAAACAUCCAUACAGAAGUUGUAGAAUAUGUCUCAUAUAACCCAAUGAUUAAUCUAUCCGAGACAGAUUUAAAAUUAAACCAAUGAAUAAAUAAAUAAAUAUAAUUUGUUUUGAUUAAUAAUGAACAAAAACGCCUGUUUUUAUUAAACAAUGUUUAACAUCUUCAAUCAACGCACCUUUCUAUAAAUUGAUA